AAUGCCAAUCCUUCAUAUUCAAUAUAAUUUCUCCUCCACAAUCACUGCAAGAUAACGUGCUGAUUUAUGGUACAAGCAAACAGUUUCCAUUUUUUAAGGAUGUGUUUCUCUGACAUGCCACUGCUGGAGGCUCCUGAAAACUGGUUUUGUCCUGGACCAAAUCAGUUAAACCAGGUGGUGGUUCAAGCCCUAAUUUUACUUGGUUACGGUUGGUGACACAGAUGGAGGACUGGAAGCCGGGUUUUGAAGAAGAGAAAGCAUUAGUUGAAUGGAGUUCCAUUGGUGAUACAAGAGCCGAAAAUAAAGCUAUCAAAAUGGAUAAAAUAAAGAGGUUGGUGGUGUCAAAGUCACCUGGAUGUGAUCGAUUCAGGUUAUGGAUGGUUGGGAUCACAACGACGAUGCUUUUGCGGUGGGUUUUGUCAUCGCAAUCAGGAGACGAUAUCGGACCGAUUACAGCCAAGGUUGAAGCGCCACCCUAUUUUCCACCCCCGAGGGAUUAUAAGAACCAAGGCUACUUGAUGGUUUCAUGCAAUGGCGGAUUCUUGAAUCUCACGCUUGUGGUUCCUGUAUUGGAUAUUUGUGUGCAUAUAAUUAAUAAUGGUGGUAUUUGUAAACAGAUUUGUGAUAUGGUUGCCAUAGCUAGAUUCUUGAAUCUCACGCUUGUGGUUCCUGUAUCGGGUAAAAACUUCAUUUCCUUACUAAUUUACUUUAAUUUUGCAUAAUUUGAUACGGGAAUGUGGCUGUGAAUUCAAAGACAUAUGGGAUGUGGAUUACUUCAUCAAAUCACUGAGCAGUGAGGUACGAAUCAUCAAACAUCUCCCACCAAGGCUGAGAAAAAAAGUUGAGACAGAUGGACUCUAUUCAAUGUUCCCCGCUAGCCUAUUACUACAACACGGUUUUUCCUCGAUUUCAAAAAUAUGAAGUGGUUCGUUUUGCGAAAACUGAUUCUAGGCUUGGUAACAAUCUGGCGGUGGAGGUUCAAAAAAUGAGGUGCAGAGUUAAUAUGAGGCACUAAGGUUCACUCCUGCAAUAGAAGAGGUAGGGAAAAAGGCCCUUUCUUAGUAUUACAGCUGUGAAAUGGAUACGUUGGCAUUUUCAAGGUUGCAAUCAAAGCGAAGUUGAAGAGCUUACCAGACUGGGGUCCAAACAACUAACCUUUCCCAUCUUCCAAAGAUAAAUUAUAUUACAAUUUCCUAAAACUUAGUUAAUUAAAUAUCUUACCUUUUCUGUCACCUCAUCAAUAAUGCUUAACCAUUUUUUUACCCUAAAUUUCCCCUUAAUUAAUUAAUUAAAUAAAAAUUAAUCAUUAACUUUAAAAAUUAGGAUUUAGU